AUGGUGCCUUCCACACCCAUUCUGCGCAUCUUGGACCUGGGCGCCAACUACGGGGGCGCCGCCAUCGCCCUGGCGCGGCGCUUCCCGGAAGCUCAGCUGCUGCUGCUGGAGCCCAACCCGCUACUGUGCCGCUUCCUGCUCUGGAACCUCCGGUCCCAGAACCUCUUGCACCGCGCCUGGCUGCUAUGCGCCGGCGCAGGGCAUCAAGCCGAAGACCUGUGGAUAGAGCCGUGCAAGCAGCCCUGGGUCGGCGCGCCGGUGAACACCUGCAUGCGCUUGGGCUUUGAGUGA